ACACGCGCCCUCCGCAUCUCACUCGUCUGCACCAUCCAACUCAAUCAAGCUGUCUCCUUCAAAAUUAGCGAAGAUUGUCUCCAAAGACUCCGCUUCUCGCGCGAUGGGGAAGUCGGAUAUCGAGUCUUGGAUCGCGUCGACCUCGACCUCAUCGCCCACAGCGGAUGGCGAAAACCUGAACGGUCACAGAUUAUCUGGCUGGCGGAGAGACCUCGUUGUGAAUGACUGGCAAGCGGCCCUGUUGGCUGCUCGCAGGCUGCUCCUCACCAGCAGCACGAAAACUCGGACAUGGUUCCUGCAAGAAGAGCUGCUGUACAUUGCUCGCAAUUGUGAUCUCACUUUGAGUCAAACAUUGGAUAUAUUCCAGCUGCUGACUCUGACUUACUCGCGAUAUGUCGAUGCACCUUCACGAGAAGCUGUGGAAACGGUUGGCGUAGAGCUCGUGCGCCGGGACGAGCUGCGCGGCACACCAGAGGGGGAACAGGAUGCCGAGAGGAUGGGAGUUGCUGAACAAAUUGUUGGCUGGCUAGCACAAGAGGUCGACCGUAUGGCAAAACGUCCAAGUGCUUAUCCCCCAGCAGACAUGCUUGUCCUUCUCAGCUGGUGUGCCGGGAUAUACUCGGUGUGUGUCGAGCACAACCCCCACUUCACCUCGUCCGUCCCGUGGAGCCCACUUGUUGGCAGUAUGGCCACUCUGCUGGAUCUCAUCCUCGAUAAAGCGAAUCGCGCGAAGCCAUCUGUUCAGAAGGGCGCCCUUGUCCGCGCGCGUCGCGCUCUCCGGUCGAGCCCUCGAGAUAUCCAUAGCGUGAUUGAGACAUUGAUCACGCGAGCGAAAGGCCAUAACAGCCCCCUUCAUGUUGUUUCACUUCUUGGCGUAGCAGUUGAUGUCAAGAUGAGGCUCAAGAACGUCAAAGAUGACGGUUUGAAAAAAGUCGACGAUGAGCUGAAGUCGAAUAUUAUCGCGUUCUACAAUGCAUCUGUUCUCAUGUCGAGGACAGCCGUUCCGUUACAUGCUGGGGCGGCUCUCUGUGGGUUCAUAGGAAGCUCCGUAGAUGAGAAGGAUCUUGAGCAACUGAUCCUUCCUCAAAUGGAAAAGGCGCUCCUCAGGUCUCCAGAAGUCUCUCUGAAUGUCAUUGCGGAUUUCCUUGAGGCAUACUCUCAGCCUAUAAACAGUGCCACCUUCAAGCGAAUCCUUACCGCGACUGUCAACAGCGCCAAGUCUCCGAACGCCCUAAUUCGCGCUGGAGCUGUCCAGCUCUUCAAGACCGUUAUCUCAAAAACGAGCAAAGGAUCUGACCUGAAGCUUGCUCUGGACGAAUUGUUGACACUCCCGCGCUCGGGCAAGACUGCCGGAGCCGACCACCGAGUCGCUCUCUAUACCAUGCUCGGCUACCUACCACCAUCUCAAGAAGUUUCACCCACCGCCGUCGAGGCCGGGCCCUCGCUACUGGCCAAGGAAACCAACGAUGGCGCCAUAACUGUGCUUGCUCUGUCCUUAGCGAGACACAUAGUCUUUAGCUUGUGCGAGAACCUCGCAUUGCCGGUUGCCACCCAAACUGCAAUCACGAAAGAAAUGAAUGCAGCAAAGCCUCCGGUGCGACGUGCUUUCUCCUCUCUAGUCGGUAAUGUUCUCUGGGAACUGGAUAACUUGUCUACUCAGGCAGCACUCGACUUCGCCAAGGCCGUGCUGCCCUCUUUGGAGACGUCGCUGAAGACCGUCGCAGCGAGCCCUGCCGCACCCCCGGCUGGACCAUUGGAGGGCUACAUCGCGGUCGCGCUCCUUCUUGGACCAUAUCAUCGCAGCGGCAAAUUUGAAGACUUUAUCAGUCGGAACACGUCUUCGCAGUCGUUGCUUGCGACAGGCGCAAAGCCGUCGUUUUUGCUGUGGGAUAAAGUCUACCAGAAGCUUGUUGAACCGGAAGAUCAGGCCUGGCUCCUUCGUGCUGGGGAGGCUGUCUUGUCGUACUACAAGAACGACAUCCUCAAGUCAGAACAAACAAGUGCGAUGGUCGGCAACCUGUUCUUGCAUCUUGCAGUGGACGGUUCAUCUGUCGAAAUUCGGCGUCUUGCUGUUUCAUCAAUGAACGCCCAGGCUCCCAAGCUUCCCGAGGUGGUGAACCGCAUCGUGUCAGCCUCGCUGAAGGCAUACCUCGUCAAGGAGAGCGCGCCGGCGAGGACGAGUGGCGAAGAAGCAGAGACAAAGGUCGUGAGCAAGGAAGGACGCCUCUGCGCGUUCCUUAUUUCGUGUGCUGCCGUUGGCCAGGACGUAGAUUGCUCUGUUCGAGAAGACCUCGUUCUGGAUCUGCUUGUGGUAAGCUACCACACCGCGAUUGCUGGGCAUGGCCUGCGCACCCCCUGGAUUGACCUCUGCCAGACUGCUGGAGUUGACCCUCAUGAAAUCGCCACUAAGCACUGGGAACGUAUCUUGCCCCAACUGAUCGCGGCUUCUGAGUCACAAUCCCCCGGUUUUAUUGAAGCUAGCUACCGCGCCGUGACGACACUCUCGUUCGUGGCUCCCGAGAUAGCGAUCCCUCGUGUUGUGGAGCAGCUACGCCGCGAUAUUGACGCGCAAGCAUUGAGCAGUCUCACAGACGAGGAUCUUGCCAUCUGGGCGACACCUGAAGGGACUACCUAUGUUGAUGUAUUGGCUAAUAAGAAGACCGACGAACCAGUGAAGAAGGGCAAGGGCUACAAGGACGCUCAGUGGGAAGCCGAGAUCCGGAAGUCGCUCGCAAACAAGAAGCAGAAUGCAUCUGGUAUACUGUCAAAGCAAGACCAAGCCCUUUUGAAGGCGCAGCUUGAGAAGGAAGCGGCCAUCCGCAAGAGGGUAGAAGGCCUCAAAACCCGGCUAGAGCGUGGACUUGCGCUUGUGCGCAGUCUCGUGAGGUCGAACGCGGAGGAGCUCAAGAGUCAUGUUUCGUCCCUGACUGACAUACUGUUAAGCGGAGCAUUUGGCAGUGCGGCUAUCUCGCUUGUUGGAGAGAACUCUUUCAAGACAUAUCUUGAUAUCUCGGCGUGCUGUUCAGAACGCAUCAUCGCUUUCAGUAAAUGGACCGGCGUUGCUACUUUGCGAAGUUUAGAGGUGCCCGGUAUUCCAGAAGAGUUGCAGGAAGAGCCGAUUAGCUCGAUGGUUCUCCGCGUGCUGCACAGGCUACGGUUCUUGUCAGAGCAAAUUCCCUUCGAUACUGCGACAUUUUCAUAUACUUCUCCUCUCCUUAACCAGAUCUUCAUCAAGGGAGGGGUUGGCUUGACAGAAGAAGAAGACCCUUUGGAACAGGCAACGCUUGCCCUUGACUUGGUUAAAUUCCACACUGGUGAAUUCUCCCAAACUGCCUUCCCUCGCAAGCAAACUAUGGAGAACCUCCUCUUUGUUAUUCGCCAGCAGCCGAAGCUCGCAAAGGACGCAUCAUCUGCGCUUAUCGAUAUUGGCCAAGCUGUGCAGUCAAGCGUCAAGCCUGAAGAGCUGCAGGUUUUGCUCCGUGGCACCCUGAUCCAGGAAGUCUAUGUCCGCAACGCUUGCUUGCAAACUCUUCAACCUUUCGACUUGACGGAGCUUGAUUGGUCUUCAGAGCUGUGGAUUGCGUGCCGCGACGACGAUGAACAGAACGCUAGGCUUGCAGAACACCUCUGGGAAGAUAAUGGUUUAGACGUCCCCGAGAGCUUUCUGCAGUCUCUACUGUGCUACCUGGAACACGAAAACGCCUACGUCCGAGCCAGCACUGCUGCUGCAAUUGCGGAGGCUGUGGAGCACUGGCCGCAGUCCACCACUUCAACUUUGAGCGAGAUACAAGACUUCUUUCGUGAUAAGGCUAAGAUCCUUGCUCCGGAGUUCGACCAAUACGGAAUGAUUAUCGCCAGCACAAUUGACAGGGCAGAUCCGUGGCCGACUCGUGUAGCCAUUGCAAGGACAUCUGAGCUUAUGGCACCGAGCUUUACUGCGGACAACUUGGAGCCGUUCUUCAAGUUCCUGAUUUAUGACGAAGCUCUUGGUGACCGCCAUUCUGACGUUCGUCGAGGCAUGCUCCAGGCUGGCACCGCUGUCAUUGACCUCCACGGUCCUGCACGUUUGGCUGAACUGAUCUCGAUGUUCGAGGAGUAUUUGGGCAAAUCUCAGCCUGCGAACGAAACCCAUGACUACAUCAAGGAGGCUGUGGUCAUCUUAUUUGGCCGCCUCGCGAAACACCUCGACCCAUCUGAUCCGAGAGUGUCGAGCAUCGUUGAGCGACUCGUGGAUGCAUUGAAGACGCCAGCGGAGCAAGUGCAGAUUGCAGUAUCUGACUGUUUGUCACCCUUAGUCAAGCAGAUGCGGACGCCAGUGGAGGACCUUGUUAAUCGUCUUUUUGACGAACUUCUCAACGGGCAGAAGUACGCAAUCCGUCGAGGUGCCGCGUACGGUUUGGCGGGAGUUUUCAAAGGUGCCGGCAUCUCUGCCAUGAAGGAUUUCAACUUCAUUGAACGCCUGCGUGCCGCGGCGGAGGACAAGAAGCACUUUGAGCCUCGUCAAGGAGCGAUGUUUGCCUUUGAGACAUUCUCCAAUGUCCUAGGACGCCUCUUCGAGCCCUAUGUCAUUCAUAUCUUGCCGAUGCUACUGACAGCGUUCGGCGACGCCACGACCGACGUCCGCGAGGCGACCUACGAUACCGCAAGGGUCAUCAUGGCGAAUCUUUCUGGAUACGGAGUUAAGACUAUCCUGCCAUCUCUUCUGGAGGGUCUCGAUGAGAAGCAGUGGCGUACGAAGAAAGGCUCCAUCGAACUGCUGGGUAUGAUGGCGUAUUGUGCACCGAAGCAGCUGUCGCAAUCCCUACCUGUUGUUAUUCCACGAUUGACGGGCGUGCUGACCGACUCGCAUGCCCAGGUAAAAGCAGCGGCCAACAAGAGUCUGAAGCAAUUCGGCGAGGUCAUCAGCAAUCCGGAAAUUCAGUCUCUGGUUCCUGUCUUCCUUAAGGCUAUGGUGGACCCCGCAAAGACAUCAAAUGCACUCACAGCGCUUCUCAAGACGUCAUUCGCUCAUUAUAUCGACCAUUCAUCUUUGGCCUUGGUCGUUCCUAUUAUCGAGCGUGGCCUUCGUGAACGUGGUGCGGACACGAAGAAGAAGGCGGCACAAAUCGUGGGCAACCUGGCAUCUCUCACAGACUCCAAGGACUUCGUCCCUUACCUCAACGAACUCCUACCUCUAGUUCAUGUCGUGCUCGUCGAUCCUGUUCCUGAGGCUCGUGCUACGGCCGCGAAAGCCCUAGGCACCCUCGUGGAACGACUCGGCGAGGUUCACUUCCCAGAUUUGGUACCUGGCCUUCUUCGUACUCUCAAAGCCGAUAGCUCCGGUGUGGACCAUCAAGGUGCUGCACAAGGUUUGUCCGAGGUCCUUGCUGGCCUUGGUAUGGAGCGCAUGGAGGGUCUACUUCCAGACAUCAUCGUCAAUGCACAGUCCCCUCGCAGCACCGUCAGGGAAGGUUUCAUGUCAUUACUGGUCUUCUUACCUGCAACAUUCGGAACUCGUUUCUCACCACAUCUUCCGAAAAUCAUUGGCCCCAUUCUCAGCGGCCUUGCCGAUUCCGAGGAUUACGUGCGCGAAGCCGCCAUGCGUGCUGGUCGCAUGAUCGUCACUAACUAUUCGAACAAAGCUAUCGAUCUGCUGUUACCUGAGCUCGAGCACGGCAUGUUCGACCCUGGCUGGCGUAUUCGCCAAUCUUCCAUCACGCUCGUCGGAGAGCUCCUGUUCAAGGUCUCCGGUAUCAGUGGCAAGACUGAGAUUGAAGAAGAGGAAGAGGCGGCGGACACCACUCUUGCUGAGACAUCUCGCAAGGCACUCAUUGAUGUCCUUGGCCAAGAGCGCAGAGACAGGAUUUUGUCUGCUCUCUACAUGGCUCGCCAGGAUGCGGUUAAUGUUGUCCGUCAAUCUGCUGGUCAUAUCUGGAAGGCUCUGGUCCAUAAUAGCCCGCGUACUGUACGCGAGAUUCUGCCUCAGCUCAUCACUCAAAUCAUACGUCUCUCCAGCGAUGAAGCUGACCAACAAGAGACUGCUUCGAGGACGACUACUGAGCUAUGCCGCAAGUCCGGUGAGAAGAUUCUUGGAGAGAUCAUCACCAUUCUCCGUGGCAAGGCGAGCUCUACUGACUCCCGUGUUCGUGAGGGUGUCGCUCUGACCCUCUCCGAGCUCAUGGAGAGCACCACCGAUGCUCAACGCGAGGGACACGAAGACGAGAUUAUCACCAUGGUCCGGGUCUCACUUGUUGAUGACGAGUCGAACGUUCGUGCCGCUGCGGCCAAGGCCUUCGAUAUCCUGCAAGAGCACAUCGGCGUCAAGGCCAUUGAUCAGACAAUCCCAACCCUCCUGGAGGCUUUGCGCCAGCCUGGCCGGAGCUCUGGCACAGCCCUUCAGGCCCUAAGAGAAGUCAUGAGCGUCCGGGCAUCGACCGUGUUCCCUGUUCUCAUCCCUACACUGACUGCCACGCCCAUGACCGUCUUCAAUGCCCGCGCGCUGGCUUCGCUGGUGUCUGUGGCAGGCUCCGCUCUCAGUAAGCGUCUGACAGUCAUUCUCAGUGCAUUCGUUCGUGUUUUGGAAGGACCGGAGGGCAAGGAUGAGGAGCUGCACGAGGCUGUCGACGAAGCUCUACAUGCACUCUUGGGCUCUAUUAGCGACUCGGAGGGCCUCAAUACCCUGAUGCUUCUACUUCUCGGCUGGGCGAAGCAUGAAAGUGUUGAGCGCCGCGUCAGCGCUUGCAACAUAUUCACAGUGUUCUGCGAGGUUACCGAGCUCGAUACGUCACUCUACCACAUCGACUGGAUCAGGCAGCUCGUCUCCCUAUUGGACGACUCGCAAGUGCCAGUGCACACCGCCGCAUGGCAGGCCUUGGAUGCAUUCGUCAAGUCUGUCCCCAAGGACGAGCUCGAGCCGCUUGUUGUACCCCUGAGGAGAACCAUCGAGAGCAUUGGUGCCCCAGGCCACCACGUCCCAGGCUUUAGUCUGCCAAAAGGCGUUUCGCCGACCGUAUCAAUCAUCAUCGCGGGUCUCACGACCGGCAGCAACGAGCAGCGUGAGCAGGCUGCGUACGCGAUCGCGGACCUCGUCGAGCGCACAGAGGAGAGCGCGAUCAAGCCGUUCGUCGUGCCGUUCACGGGCCCGCUCAUCCGUGUGGCGACGCAGGCGACGACGUACCCACCUGGCGUCAAGACCGCGAUCUUGCACGCGCUCGCGACGAUGCUCGAGCGCAUUCCGGCGUUCGUCAAGCCGUUCUUCCCGCAGCUGCAGCGCACUUUCGUCAAGAGCGCGAGUGACCUAUCCAGCCUGGCCGUCCGCAACAGGGCCGUGCAGGGCCUAGGCGUGCUCAUGAAGAAUCAGCCGCGUGUGGACCCAGUUAUCACGGAGCUUGUUGGUGGCGUCAGAAACAGCGAGGACGCGGUUGUGGGCAGUUUGGUGCUCGCACUGGCGUACGUUGUGUGGAAUGGUGGCAGCAAUGUAGGAGAGAAGGCCAGGGAAGCGUGUUUCGAGGUCGUCUCGGACGCAUUCAAGGAGAGUCACGACGAGUCGUAUGUGCGGGCUACGGCAGCGCUCUUCGCCGCGCUUUCUGCCUUCCCCGAUCUGGUGAAACCCAUUGUCGAUAACCAUCUGUUGGCAGGCACACCGCCUUCGGUGCUAUCGUCACACUGCAUCCUCACCGUCCUCUCGCCUCCCGAAGACUGGGACGUCGACGGCCCACUCGAUCUUUUUGAGCAACUGACCGUAACCAAGAGUGUUGCGCAGAAAGCCCAGGAGAGCGUAUCGAGCGAGCGUGCAUCUAUCGCGCGGCCAGCCCGUGAAGCCCGGGAGUUGCUCAAGCAGUACGACGCGUGAAGACAAGAGCUGAAAAAUGGCCGCGGUCUGCACAACAAGCUUGUUCACUGGAGCACGUAGUUCUGCAAUGUGACGCACUAAUCACGCAAGGACCAUUUAUGAUAUCAAAAUUACUUCUAUUAUUCUUGUUCAUUAAUGAUCAGUGACUUGGGAGUGUGCUGCCUGCAGCAAGGCGGUGAGUGUCGUAACAUAUUAUGAUGAUUGGUAUGUGUGAGUUCCUUAGGAGUCGACGUGCAACGUUUUCAUGAUACGCUCAAGGCCGGCGUUACCUCCGAGCCUCGCAAUCUCCGUGGAUAUUUGGUUUUCCAAGCUUGCCAUGACCGACAGCGUGUAGUCAAAGGACUUUGUCUGAUCCCUCAGAUAUGAAAUUGUGUAUCGUUUGAGCGUCGGGGUGCUCGGCCGCUUCUGUAGCACAUCUGAGAAAUAGAGUAGGUGAACUUUGC